AUGCUGAGACUUUGUGGUGAAGUAGUAACCGAAGAAGAGUUACUUGAGAAGACUUACUCUACAUUCUAUUCAUCGAAUGUGAUACCGCAACAGCAGUACAGAAUGAAAGGCUUCGCCACAUAUACUGAUCUGAUCUCGCGCCUGCUUCUGGCCGAGGCAAACAAUGAGCUCCUGCUGAAGAACAGUGAAGCUAGACCUGUUGGAACAACACCAUUACCGGAAGCUAAUGAGGUUGAAAAGAAAGAACCCAACGAGUGCAAUUACGUCCAAAACAAUAAGAGAUCAUACGGCAAUGGCCGUGGUGGUUACAAGGGGCGUGGCAGUGACAAUUCACUACAAGAAAACAGCGAAAGUCUGAAGAAUAAGAACCCGGAGGCUCACAUGGUUCAUGAUUCCGGAUAUGAGGCUGAUAAUGAUUCCGACAUUGCUAAAGAUGACCAGAUGGACUUUGAGACUUCUGAGAGUCUCAAGGACUAA